AUGGCGCCAACCAUUUGGUCACUCUUAUUCCUCUCGGUCCUGAACACCCUCGCUGUGCGAUCGGAGGCAACUAGUAACCUUGCUGAUGUCGACGAAACCUACGACUUCGUCAUUAUUGGCGGAGGUUCUGCAGGCCUCGUGGUCGCUAAUCGUCUGUCGGAAGACUCUGAAAGAACUGUGCUCGUCAUUGAAUACGGCCAUGUGGAAGACAAUGCCACGAUCAAUAUACCACAGACGUCCAACUUCUAUUCCGCGGAUGCUAUGCAAGAUGAUCCCGCUGUACAACGCUUAUUUAACACCUUCCCUAUCGCACCUGUCGAUCAUCUCCACGACCUCGUCCUUCCAAUCGCCACGGGUGCAACGUUAGGGGGCGGCAGCGUCGUGAAUGGCAUGUUGUUCAACCGCGGGUCUCGAGCAGACUACGAUGCAUGGAGAGAGCUGGGCAACGAUGGAUGGGGUUGGGAUGAGCUUUAUCCAUACUUUCUGAAAAGCUCAAACUUCAGCCUGCCUGAAGAUGGAACCGCUAUAGAGCUUGGGCUAGUCUCAAAUCUCUCGUCAUGGAGCAGCGAGGGACCAGUGCAUAGCAGUUUCUCGCCAUGGCACGUACCUCAACAGGAACUCUUUCUCGAUGCCCUUCAGCAUUUGCAGAGAGAUCUUCGCAUCUUGGCAGCAGGAGAUGAUGGAGCCGGAGUCUUCUGGGUACCCAGUACACAACAGCCGAGCACCCAGACGAGGAGCUCUGCCAAGACUGCAUAUUAUGACACGGUCGCUAGCAGGGCAAACUUGCGGGUCCUUGUCGAAGCGAGAAUGCAUCGGAUCGAUCUCGAUAACCGAGUGGCGAUCGGGGUUGAGGUUGGUGGCCGCCAAUCGACAGACCAAGAUGCUGCAAUGAAAUUCAUUUCAGCGCGGAAGGAGGUCAUUCUCGCUGCCGGACCGGUCUUCAGCCCAUACCUCCUGCAGGUUUCUGGUAUUGGGCCACGCCGAGUGCUCGAAGAAGCAAAGAUUCCUGUCCUUCAUGAUCUUCCAGGCGUGGGCAUGAACCUACAAGACACACCCGCGAUAAACUGGGUGUGGAAUCUCCCCGGAUAUGCCGGUCUCCAGUGGCAGGAUCUAGUCCUGAACGCGUCCCUGUACAAGGAAGCAAGAAAGCAGUAUGAUGACAACAAAACAGGUCCGCUAACACUUUGCUUUGGAAAGCUCGUCGCCUCACUUUCCCUUCCUCAAAUCGGCCCUGAGCUUCUCGAGACGGCCCGAACGAUUUCCUCUAACGAUUACAACGAGUACCUUCCAGACGCUUACACGGACAGUGUAUACAAAGGAUAUGAGGCACAGCUCCGGAUCUUGCAACGUCAAUUGACCUCGCCUACAAAUGGCGUUUACGAGUUCGCGUUCAACGGCUGGACUGCGUCUUUCUUCAACCUAAUCCAGAAGCCAUUCUCGCGUGGUGCAGUUCUGCUCAACAAUACCUCCCCUCGCUCUUCUCCGCCAAUCGUCCAGUACAACACGCUGUCAAAUCCAAUCGAUACACUCCUCGUUAGCUCCGCGGUCAACUACACACGGAGAAUUCUUGCCACACCUGUCUUGGUCGAUGCAUUCCACCCGGUGGAGAUCUACCCGGGAGCGAACUACACGGAUCCACAGGAGGUAGUCGCAGCGCUUAACAAGCACAAACUCCUCUACCCAUCCUGUUCACACUCUAGUGGUGGCUGUUCUAUGAUGCCGCUGGAGCUCGGAGGCGUGGUCGGGCCCGAUUUGAAAGUACAUGGGGUUGAGGGACUAAGUGUGGUGGACUCGAGCGUGAUUCCACUCUUGCCCGCGGCGAGGCUGGUCCAUACAGUGAGCUCAACAUUACUGACCCAAUCUGAUACACAAGCUGACAGGACCUUGUAA